AUGUCUUCCAACAACAACAACAACAACAACGAUAACAACAACAAAGAAUAUCUUCAAUUGGAAUGGAGUUCAUUCCCUGACCAACUAACUCUGGAUGCCGCCUUCGAAUUGCUAAAGUCAAAGUUCAAGAUUUUCAAGGAGGAAUCAAAGAUCAACUUCUUGGAGAAGUCAAAGAAGUAUUUGACCUUUGAGUUUGGUCGAUUGGAAAAGAUAGUUUCAAUCAUAGUACAAUCUGUUUAUACAGUAAAGGCAAGAGAGGCUGGAAUACCUGAUCGACUUGGUGACAUCAUAGGCAACACUACCAAGUUUGUAGAUGAAUACCAUCACUUCAUUACAUUGUAUGAUUAUGAAAUCAAAGAUAUCAUCGUUUUGGAGUAUGCCAACCAGUUGGAAACAAUCCAGACAACAAUGUGCGAUCUGAGCAAGCUGAUCAAUGAUCAAGUCAACGAAGUGGUAAAGUUGGUGGACAAGGUGGUCCAGGAAAUGGAGGUCGAGGUCAGAAGCUUGAGAGGUUCUAUUCUUAUUGGAGCAGUCUCAACUAUUGGUAACCUAGCAUCAUACUUUGGUAGUUUCAAUUGGAAGCCAUAUUUAGGCCAUGAUCAAGGACGCUCACUGGCUUUGAUUGGACCAGUAGUAUCGAUGAUGGUCACUUUGGUCAAAGGUAUCGUCAACAUCGCCGACAGGGGCAUUGACUUUUACAAGAUGACAAUGGCCAUUAGAAAUCUCAAAGCAUGUGUACCCGAGAUCAAUAAGUACAAGGAUUACAUCAACUUGUUCAUGAGGGGUAUUGGACUGAGGGAGCAGUUCAUGAGAGCCCUGGGCAAGGCAACUCAACAACAUAGUUGUGUAAUCUGCCUUGGAACACUGGUCAAUCCUCACUUCUCAAACGAUGGUGAAUCAUUGACCUACUAUUGCUACGACUGUAUUGCCAAGUGGAUUCAAUUGUCCAAGACCAAUCCCAAGACCAGAGAACCAAUGGAGAUGGAUCAUCUCUUCCAGUGCAACCAACAACAGGUCGAUACCAUUAAUCGUUGUGAGGUCAUCAGAAAGCAGUUCAAAGUGUGUCAUAUAUGGAGUUAA